CAAUUCGGUAUUCCUUUGUCUUGCUCAUGGAUUGAGCCCUUAAAUUCGUCUCUUCUGAUCUUUACUAUAUAUCUAAACAACACUUUUUCGGCACACUUUCUCUUGAUUUGCCCUCAAGGACAGAACUGUGGUCACCUCCUUAUAGACCUAAUAAAUUUCUUAUAGGCAUAUGCUUUGUGUUGAUACUUGAAUUGCCAGCAUGGAUCUAAAUGCCUCUCCACAGCUAGAGGAUGAUGAUGAGAUUUUUGGAAAACAAUUAGAAGAUGAACCAGAAGAAUCUAUUGUAGAACAUGGUGAUGAGCGUGCAGAAUAUGUUACGAGUGCCGUGGAGAUAUCACGUCGGGAGCGGGAAGAAAGGAUUCAAAGACUCAAAAGACAACGUUCGGAUGAUAGACCAGCAUAUCCAUCUCAGCAACAAAUGCGUGAGGAAAUUUUUCAGACUAGGAGACAGAAGCCUAGCAGCAGACUUCCUCCAGGUUGGUUGGACUGUCCUCCGUUUGGACAGGAGAUAGGUUGCAUUAUUCCUUCAAAGGUUCCACUUGAUGAAACUUUCAACGACUGUGUACCCCCUGGCAAAAGAUACUCAUUGAAGCAAGUCCUCCGACAACAGAGAGUUCUAGGAAGAAAGCUUGGUAUGGUGAUUGAUCUCACAAAUACAACUCGGUACUAUUCAGUGGCAGAUUGGAGGAAACAAGGCAUCAAGCAUGUAAAGAUUCAAUGCAGAGGCCGUGAUUCUGUACCUGACAACGAGUCUGUAAAUUUAUUUGUUCACGAGGUUUCACAAUUCGCUCGGAAUCAUGCGAAGAAGCAUAUUCUUGUCCAUUGCACACAUGGGCAUAAUCGCACUGGGUUUAUGAUUAUUCAUUAUCUUAUUCGUACGGUGCAGAUAUCUGUCACUCAGGCAAUCAAAUUAUUUUCUGAUAAACGCCCUCCUGGGAUCUACAAGCCGGACUAUAUUGACGCCUUAUAUGCCUUUUAUCAUGAGAAAAAACCUGAAAUGGUUGUUUGCCCUUCAACACCUGAGUGGAAAAGAUCUUCUGAUCUUGAUUUGAAUUCUGAUGCUAUGCCGGAUGACGACGAUGACGGUGGUCCUGCGGUUCCGUUGCCUGAUAAUCCGGAGAGACAAGUGGUAAUGUCAAAUGAUGACCUUUUGGGAGAUGCAAUCCCACAUGAUCAGCAAAUUUAUUUGCGACAGUUCUGUUAUCAAGCACUGAAAAUGACCCCAGGGGGUAGAGGCCCACUGUUUCCUGGCUCACAUCCAGUCUCUCUUGACAGGGAUAAUUUGCAAUUAUUAAGGCAGCGUUACUACUAUGCAACAUGGAAGGCUGAUGGAACACGUUAUAUGAUGUUGAUCACGAUGGAUGGUUGUUACAUAAUUGAUAGGCAUUUCAACUUUCGAAGAGUCCAAAUGAGAUUUCCCUGUAGACACACUAGUGAAGGUUUAGCUGAAAAGACCCACCACUUCACUUUACUUGAUGGGGAGAUGGUAAUUGAUACUUUGCCCGACACACAGAAGCAGGAAAGGAGAUACCUAAUUUAUGAUAUGAUGGCCCUUAACCAUGUGUCUGUCAUAGAGCGCCCAUUUUAUGAGCGGUGGAAAAUGAUUGACAAAGAAGUGAUCGAGCCAAGGAAUUAUGAACGUCAACAUAUAUACCAGAGUAGAAACCCUUUUUAUAGAUACGAGUUGGAGCCUUUCAGGGUGAGGAGGAAGGAUUUUUGGCUGCUCUCUACUGUCACGAAACUUCUCAAAGGAUUUAUUCCAAAGCUUUCACACGAAGCAGAUGGUCUUAUUUUUCAGGGUUGGGAUGAUCCUUAUGUUCCUCGCACGCAUGAGGGUCUCUUGAAGUGGAAAUACCCUGAAAUGAACUCGGUUGACUUUCUAUUUGAGGUGGCCGAUGGUAAAGAAACGCUCUCUCUAAAUAAACGAGGGGUGAAGGCACCUAUGGAACGGACCAGAGUUGUUUUCCCAGAUGGUUCUGACCCGUCAGACUACUCGGGUAAAAUAAUAGAGUGUUCUUGGGACGCCAAUAGCAAAUCAUGGGUGUGGAUGAGGACCAGAGUUGACAAAGGAACUCCAAAUGAUUACAGAACCUACGAAAAGGUGAUGAGAAGUAUUACUGACAACAUCACUGAAGAAGUGUUGUUGAAUGAGAUCUAUGAGAUCAUCCGGCUGCCAAUGUAUGCAGAUAGGAUACAGAAUGAUAGCAAAGCUCACCAACACUCCAGCUCAGGACGACGCAGAGUUAUUGGUGGAAGCCAGUGAUCGGGUUCACUUGUCAUUGGAAUUCCUUUUCACUGCUUGCUGCCGUGUUCUUGUAUAUCAACAGACGGGUCUUUAUUAGCAUAUAUAGUCCCUAGGAGUGUGCUAACUUGUUUUAUUGUAUGAUCCAGUCGGUACACUGUAAACUUAGUGGUCCUUGGCUCGGGUUUCCAGCCUUUAGGUCUUUCUCAUGGUAGUUUGACAUAUUGGGGGAAUUAGCAACAAGGUCAUAAUGUAUUUUAGUUGUUUCAGUGCUUUUUUCUUUUUUCUUUUUCUGGUUAGUGUUAAGUUGUCUAAGGUAUGCUUUGUCCAGUAUUAGUGAAACUUCAAGCCCUUUGUUAUAUUCCCCUGUGAAUAUGAGUCUGUUAUACAAGUAAUCUCUAGUUAUCAUUUACUCUUA